AAGAACACUUAUUAUAAUACUGCACAAAACUUUAAAAGAAUCCUGACGGCACAAAUGUCGUUAUUGUUGUUGUUCUUCGAAUGACCACACGAUGUCGCCAAGGAGUCAGGAACAGCAACGCAACAGCUGUAGGUGCGUAAUGAUGUCUAGUAAUCCUCUGCCUCCUAUUUUCCUCAGUAACGAGAACCGCUGGAUCCGCUGCGUAAUUUUAGCGUGCUCUCUUGUUUUUGCAUAUCUCAACUAAGUCAGGAUUUGUUAAAAUACUCGUAUAAGAUAAGGCUUCAGUGACUUGUAAUGGAUGAAAAGCGCAGAGCAUCCUGUCAGUAUGGAUCCCUGGAAUGCACGAAAUGGAAAACAGAUGUGGACCAAACAGAGGCAGAUGUGGUCUCAAUGGCGGACUCUACUAUCACAGUGGGGGACAUUGAGGGGGAACUCUGUAAAAUUGAACGGAUCAGAGACAUUUUGGUCAGGAGGGAAUCUGAGCUCAGAUAUAUGAUGGAUGACAUCCAGUUAUGUAAAGAAAUUACAAGACUGAAGAAAGAGCUUCAAAAGCUUCUGUCUAUCCCAGAUAAUGACAAGUCUAAUGAAGAUAAACAGAAGGAGGAAGAGCUUCUGAAACAGAUUCAUAAAUUAGUGGAGACCAGAGACUUCCUGGUAGAUGACGUGGAGUUUGAGCGCCUCAGGGAACGGGAGGAGGACAAAGAGAUGGCUGAGUUUCUAAAGUCCAAAUUACCAAAAGGCUCUCAAUCCAAGAGACUCCAAACGCCAUACUUACCUGUUCCAGUCGUCUCCUCCAUCUCCUUCAUCUCCUGUUCUCCUCGUGUGCCUACCUGCCUGUGUGUGUGAGUGUCUCCGCCAUCAUCCUCCAACGCCGAUCUCCAUCCGCAUCUGAAACACACCAUAAGGACAGUAUCACAUUCUCUUCACCAUUCAAGAACUGCUUUAUCACUCCUCCAUAACCAUUUGCUCUGCUGUUUCAACAAUAAACCUACCUGUGUUGCUUUUACGUCUGCCUCCAUGUCUCUGUUGUAACAGAAGACCGGACCAUAACAACAGUCAACAGCAUGAGCACCAACGACCCUUUUCAAGAGCUCGUGGACGCAUUGCACCGAGCACUCACCCCACAACCAUCCUCACCGUCUUCCACCAACGCUGCAGCUUCACCGCUCCUUCUCCAGCGUUCACCGCCAGUCCCAUGGCCAAACCGGCGCCCUACUCAGGAUCGGCGGAGGAAUGCAGCGGAUUUCUUCUCCAAUGCGAACUGGUCCUGGAGAUGCAGCCGCACCUCUACCCCACGACACGGCUAAAAUCGCGUUCAUCAUCUCACAACUGCAAGGUAAGGGCUGAUUCUCUGUGGACUCAGAAAGGCUCUGUGGUGAAAUCAUAUCCGGCGUUCGUCUCUCACUUCCGUGAGGUCUUCGGAAAGCCUCUAUCGGAUUCAUCGACUGGUGAGAAACUUUAUAAUCUAAAACAAGGAAAUAACUCUGGUAACGAAUAUGCCUUGCAGUUCAGAACGCUAGCCGCCACCAGCGGAUGGAAUGAACAAGCCCUCAUCACCACCUUUCGCUAAGGACUGGAGCCUAAUGUGCGGCUGCAUCUCGCUGCAUACGAGGACUCCAUAGGACUCGAACGCUUCAUCCAACUCGCCAUCCGCGUGGGUUCUUGUAUGCAGUCGUGUCUCCUCGAGCACCAGGGCCAGUCACUCUCGAACAUCCUCCUCCGUCGGUCCGAACCCGUCAGCUCUCCAGAACCAGCCAGCGAACCCAUACGAAUUGAUCAUUCACGUCUCACUACAACGGAAAGACAGAGAAGGCUGACCCUGAAUUUAUGCUUGUAUUGUGGAUCUCCGGGGCAUGUCAUCUCCACAUGCCCAACCCGUCCUCCUCGGCCCGUGGUGAGUGCGAUAAUUCCCUCCAAUUAAAAAAAUGAAACCACUCACUACUAUUGUAAACCUUACUGCUGCAAAUGCCUCUAUUCCAGUGGUGGCGCUCCUCAACUUAGGGUCAGCAGGAAACUUCAUCUCCGGCGCCCUCUGUCGACAACUCAAGCUCAAGACCUCCCCGUCUCCGACUAACUAUCAAAUCCACUCCAUCACGGGCAAACCCCUGAGCCGUAAGACAAUUCGUCACUGUGUGGGACCACUUCAACUUCGUGUGGGGAUUCUUCAUAAAGAAAACAUCCAUCUGCUGGUUCUGGAGGAGUCCACCGCUGACGUGGUUCUAGGGCGCCCAUGGCUUGAGCAACACAGUCCCACCAUCUCCUGGCGCACGGGCGAAGUCCUGAAGUGGGGCGACCACUGUUUCCUCAAUUGCUUCCCAGCACUUCCUGUUCUGAACUCUCCACUCUCCAAGACUCUCUCCAUCAACGCCACGUCCAUCGAAAGUCCUGUAGAGAAGCGCUCCGUGGAAGUUCCCCCGGACUACGCCCCCUUCAGUGACGUCUUCUGCCCGCAACGCGCCUCCAAGCUACCUCCACACCGGCCAUGGGACUGUGCCAUCGAUCUGUUACCGGGUGAGCCAGUGCCCAGGGGACGCAU